AGACAAGGCUGACCGGCCGGGUGCGCUCGUCUUUCCGUUAGAGAGAGUGUGUGUGUGGUGACAUCAUCAGCCCUAACAGUCAGCUGCUGCAGUGGAGGGAGAGCGAGAGAGAAAAGGGAGGGGGAGGGAAAGAGAACACAAACACACACACACACACACACACUCUCUUUCACUCAUACACACACAAACACACACAGCACUGCUUGUCUUCCUCUGGUAAACAUGGCAGCGGCAACUGACACACACGCAGCGAGCAGUGCGUAGUGAAGCUUAGCUUAGCCUAGCCUCGUCUCAGCUGUCAACAUGGAGGAGGAGGACGCGGCGGCCGACCCCUAUUUGCCCUACGACGGGGGAGGGGACACAAUCCCCCUGCAGGAGAUCCCUAAAAGAGGGUCUAACUACGCCAUGUCUAACGGGGGCGGGGCACCCAGCAGCAGCACCCACCUGUUGGACUUCCUAGAGGAGCCCAUUCCUGGUGUGGGGACCUACGAUGACUUCCACACCAUCGACUGGGUCCGUGAGAAGUGCAAGGACCGUGAGAGGCAUCGGAAGAUCAACAGUAAGAAAAAGGAGUCAGCAUGGGAGUUCACAAAGAGCCUGUACGACGCCUGGUCCGGGUGGCUGGUGGUGACGCUUACCGGCUUGGCCUCAGGUGCUUUGGCUGGCCUGAUUGACAUUGCUGCUGAUUGGAUGAACGACCUGAAGGAGGGCGUAUGUCUGAGCGCCAUGUGGUUCAACCACGAGCAGUGCUGCUGGACGUCCAAUGAGACCACCUUUGCUGAGCGGGACAAGUGUCCUCAGUGGAAGAGCUGGGCUGAGCUAAUACUGGGGCAGGCCGAGGGGCCCGGCUCGUACAUCAUGAACUACUUCAUGUACAUCUACUGGGCUCUGUCCUUCGCCUUCCUGGCCGUCUGUCUGGUCAAGGUGUUUGCUCCCUACGCCUGUGGCUCGGGGAUCCCUGAGAUCAAGACCAUCCUGAGUGGGUUCAUCAUCCGGGGCUACCUGGGCAAGUGGACCCUGAUGAUCAAGACCAUCACUCUGGUGCUGGCUGUGGCGUCUGGCCUCAGCCUGGGGAAGGAGGGCCCCCUGGUCCACGUGGCCUGCUGCUGUGGGAACAUCUUCUCCUACCUCUUCCCCAAGUACAGCAAGAACGAGGCCAAGAAACGAGAGGUUCUGUCUGCUGCGUCGGCAGCUGGGGUGUCUGUUGCUUUUGGAGCCCCGAUCGGAGGAGUGCUCUUCAGUUUGGAGGAGGUGAGCUACUAUUUCCCUCUCAAGACGCUGUGGCGCUCCUUCUUCGCCGCCCUGGUGGCGGCCUUCGUCCUGCGCUCCAUCAACCCAUUUGGUAACAGCCGUCUGGUGCUGUUCUACGUGGAGUACCACACGCCAUGGUACCUGUUUGAGCUCAUCCCUUUCAUCCUGCUGGGAGUUUUCGGAGGCCUCUGGGGGGCCUUCUUCAUCCGAGCCAACAUUGCUUGGUGCCGGAGGCGCAAGUCGACACGUUUCGGAAAGUACCCGGUAUUGGAAGUGAUCUUGGUGGCGGCCAUCACAGCUGUGGUCGCUUUCCCGAACCCAUACACUCGUCAGAACACCAGCGAGCUGAUAAAGGAGCUGUUCACUGACUGCGGCCCACUGGAGUCCUCGCAGCUCUGCCAGUACCGCAGCCAGAUGAACGGCAGUAAGGCGUUCACAGACAACCCCAACCGGCCUGCAGGGCCUGGCGUCUACGCUGCCAUGUGGCAGCUCUGCUUGGCACUCAUCUUUAAAAUCAUCAUGACCAUAUUCACCUUUGGACUAAAGGUACCAUCAGGUUUGUUUAUCCCCAGCAUGGCCAUCGGAGCCAUCGCAGGCCGAAUCGUUGGCAUCGCCGUGGAGCAGCUGGCCUAUUAUCACCAUGACUGGUUCUUGUUCAAAGAAUGGUGCGAGGUGGGAGCAGACUGCAUCACUCCAGGGCUGUACGCCAUGGUGGGGGCCGCCGCAUGUCUGGGCGGUGUGACCCGUAUGACCGUCUCCCUGGUCGUCAUUGUCUUCGAGCUGACUGGUGGUUUGGAGUACAUCGUCCCCCUCAUGGCUGCCGUCAUGACCAGCAAAUGGGUGGGCGACGCGUUCGGCCGCGAGGGAAUCUACGAGGCCCACAUCCGUCUGAAUGGAUACCCCUUCCUGGACGCCAAGGAGGAAUUCACACACACCACGCUGGCCAGGGAGGUGAUGAGGCCCCGACGCAGCGACCCGCCGUUAGCAGUGCUGACGCAGGAUGACCUGACAGUGGAGGAGCUGCAGAGCACCAUCAAUGAAACCAGUUAUAAUGGUUUCCCUGUGAUAGUGUCUAAGGAGUCCCAGAGGCUGGUGGGCUUCGCUCUGCGCAGGGACAUCACUAUCGCUAUAGAAAACGCUCGUCGCAAGCAGGAGGGCAUCAUGUUGAACUCCAGGGUGUACUUCACCCAGCACGCACCCACCCUGCCAGCCGACAGCCCUCGGCCCCUCAAACUGCGCUCCAUCCUGGACAUGAGCCCCUUCACCGUCACCGACCACACCCCCAUGGAGAUCGUGGUGGACAUCUUCAGAAAGCUUGGGCUGCGCCAGUGCCUGGUCACUCACAACGGGAUUGUGUUGGGCAUCAUCACAAAGAAGAAUAUAUUAGAGCAUCUGGAGGAGCUCAAGCAGCACACGGAGCCCCUGGCGGCUUCUUGGUAUUAUCACAAAAAAAGAUAUCCUUCGUCACAUGGCUCAAAUGGCAAACCAAGAUCCCGAGUCCAUCAUGUUCAACUGAUCCGCUCCUUCCAGGACGGCUGGGGAGGAGGGGGAGACGACAGCGAGGAGGAGGAGGUGGUGCGCCUCCUGGACGGCUCCAAUCUCUGACAUUCAGACCCCGUUUUUUCUUUUUAGUUUUCAGCUUUGUAGACCCUGAACCUCGCGGACUGACUGUGGCCCCAGAGACUUACCGGCCACAAGAGGGAAAGAUAAAGACUAUUAUUAUUGUUCUGGCUGCUGAGGACACGCGGAGGUCACGGGUUGAAGGCACACACAUGAGGAAUGCACUUUUUACACACACACACGCACGCACACAAACAAAUCACACAACAACACACACUUUUGCACCUGCAGACACCUCAAACAUGCAUGCUCUCUCUCCACAUAACCUGUAAAGAUACACCCGUUUGCACUCUUCAUGUGCCUCACCCUUGUCCUGUCUCCGCUGAGGUCAUGGUAGACGUCGCCUGGCAGGGGUCAAAGGUCAGAAUGAACCGCCGAUGCUGGACGCGAUGAGGGACCUUGAAACCUCCAGGCUUCUGUUCAGAUAAAACUUCCUCACCCGCCCCCCUGCACACACACCAGACCUGUCCGUCCUCCAGAGGAAUACAUUGUUUACCUGUGAAUUAAGUGUGUGUGAGAGCGUGUGUGUGUGUGUGUAUGUGGAAGUGUGUGUGUGUGUGUGUGUGUAUGUGGAAGUGUGUGUGUGUGUGUGUGUGUGUGUGUGUGUGUCCUAGCGCCACUACAUUCCAGGCAGGUUACCAUGGGAACUGAGAGGACGUGCACCUGCUCCUCACCCCCAAAACGUGGUAGAAAGUCAUGAUCGCAUGGCUGCUCUCCCUGGGUGCACGUUGAUUUAAUGAGAUGGCUUUAACAAGUGUGUGUGUGUGUGUGUGUGUGUGUGUGUGUGUGUGUGUGUGAGAGACAGAGGGAGGUAAAGAGACAUAGAUGGGUACUGUAUUUCAAGAACAAAAGGAGAAAACUGGAAAAACUAAGACCUUCAUGAGUGUGUUUUCAUUUUUCAUUUCUGAGCCAGCUUCAGCUGUGUGCGUGAGUGUGUGUGCCUGCAUGCGUGUGUCACUCCCGUUUAUUCAUCAUUAUGAAGGCAGGCUGAUUGUGAACGUGAAGGAAACAACAAAAUGAGGAAUAAGCGUCCAUGUUCAGUUCUUCCAUGUUCUCUGUUACAGUUCAGUCCCUUCAGGAUUUCGCAGGCUGUUUUGGGAUUGUUGCAACCUGUAGUUGAUUUCAUGGCAGUUUGCGAUGCACAUUGCGAUGUUUAUAGGCGUUUUUUGCAAUGAAAUCGCUGGGGCAAGUGAAAAUUACCAAAAUAGUUGUGAUACUGUCUCAGUGUGUCCCACAGAAUUAGAAUCUGUUUGUGAUGGCCAUUCAAAGCACCGCUGAAGGACCGUCCCCAUGAGAGGCUCUCCUCUGCCUGGAUAGCAUGAGCUAACAAAAAUAGUACAACGUGAUUUCGCCACUACUCGUCAUAAUUUGCCACUUAGGCAGAAGCCUAGCAGCAGCAGUUAAAUUCGACACCAAGCCUUUAAUCUCGCACCAAAAUGGCUCCACUGUCCGUAAACCUGCAAGUAAUCGGUAGGUUAAGUUAGCUUUGUGAUGCUAACAGUUAGCAGUGUCACUGUGUGUCUGUGACUCCUCCCACAGCAGCUGUCUCAGAGGGGCUGAGUGAAUCAAUACACUGCGUGCUGCUCUACAAUUAAGUGAAAUGUUACUCAUCUUAAAUAAUUAAAUUUGCGGUAAAGUCGCGGUGGCUGGACAAAACUGUAAGGUCACGCAGAAUUCACAGGGAUUGGCUAGAUUUGCUUUGAUUGCUGCAACUGCAACAUUGCAAAAUCCUGGAGGGACUGUAUAUCACUUUCCUUGUUCUUCUCAAACUAUUACUCAUGCUAUUUUUACACUAUUGAUGGUACUGUACUCAGUUAUGUAUUUACAGCUUGAUGCAAAACAAAACUGGAAAUCUGCACCGUUUUAAGUGAUCACUUACAGUGGAGAAGGAUGUUCAUGCUACACAGUGAGCUCUUGGUUUUUGUUUCUUUGUCUGAAAUCUGUCCACGUCUGAGUUUAAACAUCAGUUCAGCAUUAAUGUUUUCUUUUUUCUUUUAACUGUACAGAUAGUUUUAAUUUAUUAUGGAUUGUCAAAUAACAAAGACUAAAGUUAAUUGUCAUGUAAAAAUGACCCUAUUUUAUCCACCCUGCUCUCACACUUGCAACAAAUUUAGCAACGCACAGUUGGAGUUUCACCCACAUCCUGUAAAGCUCCCCAACUAAACACCUGUUUCCAGGAGAAUAGAAAUGGUUGUCUACACUGCAGCUCAUAAACUUUGACGAAAUCAGUGCUCUUUUGUUGCAAGUGCCCGAUAAGGAUCGUGCAUGUGCAACCCUCAGAAAUGAGAACGAAGCAAGACAGCUAACUAUUUAGCUAAUUACAUCAUCAGCUCCAGAAAAAACAAUGUGUUAAUUGUUUUUUUUUUUUUUGUCCUAUCAGACAAGUGAGUUGUUAGAUUAACAUGCCCAACAUGGAUAUUUAACUAGCCCCAAGCAAUCAAGCAAACCUUAUUGUUGAGCCCUGAAUUUUCAAACAGCAGCUGUAUUUGUCAUAUACAGUGUCCCCCCUCAGUUUAUUAGAGGAAAGAUAGAUCAGUCGUCUUUUCAUUAGACCCCGACAGAUUCUGUUUAACACUCCA